AACCCAACCCUUCUCACCGAAGCAAGCACCACCACUACCCACCCCACGUACUUCUUCUAGUUAAGCUAUUGAUUCUCUCCUCAUUCAUCUUCACCAUCACAAUCUCAAUCUUCAUCAUCAAUGGUUAUGAAAACAAAGAAUGUCAAUCUUAAAAUCAAGAAGCCUUUCAACAAUAAUAACAAUGUAACUACAACCGAGAUUCACUUCAGAGGCGUUAGAAAGAGACCAUGGGGCCGUUACGCUGCCGAGAUUCGCGAUCCCGGCAAGAAAAGCCGUGUUUGGCUCGGCACCUUUGACACAGCCGAAGAAGCUGCUAAAGCUUACGACGCCGCCGCUCGUCAGUUCCGCGGCCCCAAAGCCAAGACCAAUUUCCCUCCACCGUCUGAUGUCGUUAAAGAGGAUAGCCCAAGCCAGAGCAGCACCGUUGAGUCAUCCACACCUGAGCGUGAAAUCACUCGCCCUCGUGAAGUUGCCGCCGGCGGUGUUAUGGAUCGGUUCCCGUUUCUCUCGAUCCAGCAACAAAUCAUGCCGUUUUCUGGUCUUGGUGCUGUGAAUGGAAUGGUAACUGCUGUGAACCCAGUUUUCUUUUUUGAUCCUGCGGCUCGAGCUGAGUUUAUGAACCAAAGGUUUUCUACCCGGUUUGAACCGGAUCCGGUUGAGUUUAACAUCGGGUUUGGUGGUGGUGUCCAGAGCGACUCGGAUUCGUCUUCCGUUGUUGAUUGUCAGCCGAAGAGAGCUCUCAAUCUUGAUCUUAACUUAGCUCCACCAAUGGAUGUUUAAUUUUUUUAAUUAACACCUUUUUUUAGUAAUUACUAUUUUAAAAAAUAUCUUACCGUAAUUUUAUUUUAGAUGAAAGUUAGAAACCAGAAAGCAGGAAGGACAGAAGACAGAUAGUUUACUGUUUUUUUUUAUGGAAGAUUAAUCUCUCCCAUUAUUUUGAGGAAGAUGUAUAAGCCGUUAAUUACAUCCUUCGAUGUAAAUAUGUUGUUAGCUUUGUGUUUUCAUUUUGGUUUGAUUGUUUUCAAUUACUUCCUCCGUUCCUUUUUAUAAGGAAUACUUAGGACAAAAAAUUUGGUCCUUUUUAUAAGAAAUUUUGAUUAA